GCCUUUCCGUGAAAGUAAACACGAACCCACGACCCGACUUAACUCUUUGCAAUAAAAAGCGGAAGCAGACCCUCGAAAGAACCCUAGCUGCUUAGCUUCUUCACUUCCACCACCGCACUCUCUCUGGGGUUAGGGUUUCUGAGAUCACCGUCACAACAGGAGAAAUGGCUCCUAAACAACCAAGUACGGGUCUGUUUGUUGGAUUGAACAAAGGCCACAUCGUCACCAAGAAGGAAUUGGCUCCACGUCCUUCAGCUCGCAAGGGGAAAACAAGCAAGAGGGUGCACUUUGUGAGGAACCUCAUCAGAGAGGUUGCUGGGUUUGCACCUUAUGAGAAGCGUAUAACUGAGUUGCUCAAGGUUGGAAAAGACAAGAGGGCGCUUAAGGUUGCAAAGAGAAAGCUUGGAACCCACAAGCGUGCAAAGAAGAAGAGAGAGGAGAUGUCUAAUGUCCUCAGGAAGAUGAGGGCUGGUGGUGGAGCAGGAGAUAAGAAGAAAUAGGUUUUGUUUACUUUUGUUAUGGGGAGACAAGCUAUCUAGUUUUUCUUUGCUUCAAUUUUCUCAAGUUUUUAUCUUUAUUGUUAGAAGAAAUGUGCUUUAUUUAACUGAGACAUGUGAGUUAAUCAUAUUUUUGCAAACGAACUUGGCAUAUUUUUGUGUAUCACUAGAUAUCAAAAUAUUUUAUGGGUUUAUAUUUUUAUGGAGUUCUUGUUUUCA